GUAAAUAAAUCGUAGUUUACAGGCAGAAGUGCAGGUCAAGAUGACCUCAUAAAAGUGGUUUCACCGAUGAUUAAUGUAUAUGAGGAAUUGUUCUGAGGAAUUCUCCGCUUGAGGCAUUUUUCUGGUAGUUUUCCAAGAGCUCUAAAAGGGCUUGUUAUUGAAUCUUGUCCCGGCAGGCUUCACAAUAUGAGCUGUCACAUUUUCCCCAUGUUCAGAAUACAUGAGAGCAGAUUCUAGGAACAUCGAAGAUUAUCCGACUGGAAGAUCUAACAAAGGAGCGGGACAAGAUUUACACAGUAGACCGGGCGCUUACCAAGAAGCUUCGAAGGAAAAUGGUGCCGUUGGUGGAGCGCCCGGUACGCAACAAUAACCUUAUUAGUGCUGUUCCGAGGAGUUUUAUGACCUCACCAAAGCAAAAGUGAUACAAGCCGUCCUGCACGGCCUCGCCGGGGCCCUUAAUGAGGCGCUUGUGACCCCUCUUGCCCGCGGGGCCGCGCGGCUUGGCGAAGGCCUGCCUGAAUGCGUGCUGUUUUGGAUGGACCUCUUCAUACAGAAACUCCUCUGUCAGCUCGUCUCCGUCAUCGAUUUCCAACUGAAAAGAGAGAGAAAAAAUAUAAUGCAUUUGCCACGCUGCAGCUUCUUUUUGAGUCGACUCUUGCAGCUGGAGUAAAGCAUUCGCUCCUUGAUGCUGCAGCUGUAUCCAGGCAUGGAGUAGAUGAACACUACAAACACAAUGAUAGACGUUAAAUUGACGGAAGCGCUCAAACCACCACUUUAGUGGAACGACAUUAUCAGUUGGUGGCAGUUAUGUGCCAUUAAACUGGUUUGCCAACUGCCAACAGACACUACAGAAGAACAAGAAAGGAUACAAUACAUGAGGAAUGCAGCACGGCACCUUUGAACGCAUCUAAGAUGCGGAGAGCGCCGCCAUUGGUGGACAGGAGGAUGAGUUUGCCGUCGUUGCUGAACUUGAGUCCCGUCCACUCGCACGUCCUGUCGUACUGCAGCUUGAAGGUUGCGAAGGGUCCCUGCGGACCGAGGGGGGUGACGAACGUGACGCUGCUCGACAUCGCAUUGUCAUGCCGCGCUCACCUUGUCGAAAGAGCGCAGAUCAUAAAGCUUCACCAUUUCUGAGUUGAUGCCAGCUGCGAAAAUUAGACCCUCGGGAUCGAAUGAGCACACCGGCUUCCCCUGGAGGUGCAUGAGGCCCUGCAUGUGACAACAGCAAGGUUAACGUCGCCUGCCCACCAUCGAGCUUUUUCUGGAGUGGUUCCUUGGCGUCGCAGUGUACUAUAAUACACUUGGACUAUGGAGGUUGCUGCCAGGCUCAAAACACUAAACGACCCGAAGGCUCAGAGGCCUGACGUGAAGCUAACUGAAGAUGGACCGAUGCGUCUCCCCAUGUCCCACCAGUCGCAUACGGCUUCUAAGCAUUUAGUCGCACCGUCCCAGCAACCGCAACGUGUUCUGUCAGUGUCCAAUGGACCUCAGCGCUUUGUGCAGCCGUUAAAACACAUCAAGUCCGCACCUCACCUCCUCAAUGCCGCAAAAUCCGCUCAACCAGUCGAUCAGAAUGUCAAACCGGCGACCACGAAUGUAAAUACGCAAUCCAAACCUGCUGUCCAGCGAAGCCAACCCAAGAUGAAUGAGCCCAAGGUGAACCUGGGGAUGGCAAAACCUGCUGCAGGAACCACUAAACCAGCAAUGGCCAUAUCAGCAAAACUUGCAACAGGAACUGUGAAACCUGAGAUGCCACAGAACAAGCCGGCCAAGAAAGAUUCUGUAGACUCAACGUCAUCAAAGAGCAGGAAGCGGUGGAGCCUGGAGAGCUUUGAAAUUGGCCGUCCGCUCGGAAAAGGCAAGUUUGGCAACGUCUACCUAGCCAGAGAACGAGAGACCAAAUUCAUCCUGGCCUUGAAGGUGCUUUUCAAAAAGCAGCUGGAGAAGGCGGGUGUGGAGCACCAGCUGAGGAGAGAGGUGGAGAUCCAGUCUCACCUCAGGCACCCCAACAUCCUGCGACUUUACGGGUAUUUCCACGACGAAUCACGAGUGUAUCUCAUUCUUGAGUACGCGCCCAAGGGCGAGCUCUUCGGUGAGCUGCAGCGCUGUAGAUUUUUCGCUGAAGAUCGCAGUGCCACCUACAUCAUGGAGCUGGCGGACGCCCUGGACUACUGCCACUCGAGGAAAGUGAUCCACAGGGACAUUAAGCCCGAGAACCUCCUGCUGGGCGCCAACGGGGAACUAAAGAUCGCUGACUUCGGUUGGUCCGUUCACACGCCCUCGUCCAGGAGGUCUACUUUAUGCGGAACACUGGACUAUUUGCCCCCCGAAAUGAUCGAAGGGAAGACCCACGACGAAAAGGUGGACCUGUGGAGUCUCGGCGUGCUUUGCUACGAGUUCCUGCUCGGAAAACCUCCGUUUGAAACCAAAUCUCAUGAGGACACGUAUCGCAGGAUAUCCAGGGUGGAGUACUCGUACCCCUCGCAGUCCAGCGUCAGCGUGCUGGCCAAGGAUUUGAUUUCGCUCCUGCUGAAGCACAACCCCGUGCACAGACUGCCCAUACGAGGGGUUCUCGCUCACCCCUGGGUGGUCCAAAACUCCACCAAGAAGCCCACCACCCACGCCGCGGAAGAACCCGGCAACUGAUGCAAAUCAUUUCAUGUUGACGUAAUUGUGUACAGGCAACUUGAGCCACUCUUAUCCUUUCCUCCGGUUUCCCUACCUGUAAAUAUUUCACUGGUUUAUCUUCUAAUAUGUAAGAAAUGUAUUGGCUUUUAUUGAGAUGUCGUUACUUGAAAUAAAAUGAAUAAUGUUCGUGCACUUUCCCCACCACCCAGUUUUUUUUGCUGGGAGUGCUGUUUCGUCUUUGGACAGUAGGGGCCGCCAGUGCACCAUUAUUAGUAAUGCGGGUUGGGACGUUUCCCGGCUGUCUUUGUGCCCUGAUUGCGUUGGAAGCUCCCAAUAAAAAUCCU